GAUUGACAGGCUGCCGACUGGUGUCGGAAUGAGCCUCGGAGGAGCAAAAGUCGCCGUGAGGAGGUGAAGAGCUCCUUGAGAGCGGAGCUGCUGGGAAAGCUGCGGCUGAACAUGACGGGAGAGACGCUCAGAGCGCUCAGAUUAUGCAACCGUCACCUGGCCCUGCUGAGGAGGUCAAGGUCCCCCCACCCUGUUUGGACCCUGCAGACCACCAGACCCUUCAGCUCGCUCAGAGAUGGGAAACGCAGAGGUCUGCUGUGGAAGACACUGGUUGGCCUCUCUGUGGGCGUCCCCGUGGCGGCGGGCGUCCGGUACGCCGUGUCGGACGCCCGGGAGAGGAGGAAGAUGAGGAUCGUGCUGGAGGGAUUCGGUCGCUUCUGCAGGUCCCUCUCUGUGGGAAUCCUCAUCUCUCUGGAUUACUGGUGGACCACCAACGUGUCUGUCCGCGGUCUGGACGAGAGCAGCCCAUCCUACUGCGGGAAGCUCUCCGCCUGCCACCAGAGGGCGGCGGAGCUCAUGGUGGAGGGCGCCAUCAGGAACGGAGGCCUGUACAUCAAACUCGGCCAAGGCCUGUGCUCCUUUAACCACCUGCUGCCCCCCGAGUACAUCCACACCCUGCAGGUGCUGGAGGACAGAGCCUUGAACAGGAGGUACAGGGAGGUCGACGCUCUCUUCCAGGAAGACUUUGAGAAAACCCCAGAGCAGCUUUUCAAAACAUUCGACUACGAGCCCAUCGCCGCCGCCAGCCUGGCGCAGGUCCACAAGGCGGAGCUGUUCGACGGGACUCCCGUGGCAGUGAAGGUGCAGUACAUCGACCUCAGGGAUCGCUUCGACGGCGACGUCAAAACAUUGGAGAUCCUGCUGGACAUUAUUAAGUUCAUGCACCCCAGUUUUGGAUUCCGAUGGGUCCUUCAGGAUCUUAAAGGCACGUUGGCUCAGGAGCUGGACUUCGAGAACGAGGCCAGGAACUCGGAGAGGUGUGCAGAGGAGCUGAAGAACUUCAAAUUCGUCGUCGUACCAAAAGUGUUCUGGAAACACACUAGCAAAAGAGUUCUGACAGCGGAGUUCUGCAACGGCUGCAAAAUCAACAACGUGGAGGAAAUAAAACGGCAAGGACUCAGUCUGAAAGACACCGCAGAUAAGCUGAUCCGGACGUUCGCCGAACAGAUAUUUUACACGGGUUUUAUUCACGCUGAUCCUCAUCCUGGAAACGUCCUGGUCAGACGAGGUCCUGAUAACAAGGCAGAGCUGGUGCUGUUGGACCACGGCUUGUACGAAUACCUCAGCCAGCACGACCGGGAGGCGCUCUGCAAACUCUGGAGGUCCAUCGUCCUGAGGGACGACGCGGGCAUGAAGAAGCACUCCCGCUCUCUCGGGGUCAAAGAGUACUUCCUGUUCUGCGAGAUGCUGCUGCAGCGGCCCAUCGACAUGCGGCGGCUGGGCCUGUCCAACAUCCUGAGCCGCGAGGAGACCAAGUACAUGCGGCAGAUGGCGGUGGAGCGCUUCGACAGCAUCAUGCGCGUCAUCAAGUCCAUGCCGCGGCCCAUGCUGCUGGUCUUCAGGAACAUCAACACGGUGCGGAGCAUCAACAUCACGCUGGGGGCGCCGGUGGACCGAUACUUCGUCAUGGCCAAGAGCGCGGUGCGCGGCUGGGGGAAGAUCCAGGCGGAGAAGGCGGGCCUCCUGCCCCGGUUCUGGGUGUUCCGCUGGGGGAGAACCGCCUGGGAGAGCCUCAAGUUCGAAGUGGCUCUGAGGUCGGAGAUGGCCGUGAUGAGUCUGACCCGGGCCUGCCUGCGGCUGCUCGGCUACCUGGGCCUCCUGUCUCUGGACGCAGACCUCUACGAGUACCUCAGAUAGCGGCCGAGGAAUCGGGACGCGGUCCAGCAGCGGACCGGGUCAAACAGACUUUCCAGAAAGACAUGCGAGAUUUGAAGGGCCGUUUCCUUUCAGGUUUUUAGUUUUUGGGUGUGAAGGCUUGUCGCCCCGCAAUAUGUAGUAAUGUAAGAAAGUCCACCUCAUGGUGUAAUAACACCACACUUUAGUAACAACUUCUUACAUAUUGCCAGUUAUUACUAAACGUGGGUGUUGAACUUAGUUUUUUAAGAAAAUAUAAUUUAAUAUAAUUUGGUGCAUUAUAUAAUAAAUGUUGCCGUUCAUGUUUUUAUAAUAAUGAGUGAGAAUUAAAACUCCCUCAUUGGACGAGCACUAUGUUGCUCUGUUUUUAGCUCAUGUCCAAAUCCUAACCAGCCAAAUAAUUUUUAUCCUCGAGGAAAUGAAACCAGAUUAUAAAUGUGCAUUUAAUCAUACAAUCUUCAUGUUUUAGCAUGAAAAUGCAAAGAAUUGUAUGUAAAACAAGCCCUGUGAGAGACAAUGUCAUGGAAGUUAAAAAUAUAUAUAUGUAUAUGUAUAUAUAAGAACAUCACCUGCAUAUUGACAAGUUAUUCCAAACUGUCUAAAUGAAUUUGAUUACAUAAUGCUGCACGGCGAGGCUUCUUCAAAGAACAAAAACCACUAAUGGUCCACAUUGUUCAAAUGGGGAUUUCAUUGUUGCCGUUUUGUCCUGUUUUAAAUUAAAUGUGACCGUUAA